AAUAGCAUAUAAAUACAAAGAGGACAAAAUGUGGGAUCCAUAUGAAACUACAACAAAACACGAAUACCCAUAUAGACCACAAGUAGAGACUAAAGCAUUACGUCCCAGAACAGCUAAAGGAUAUGUGAAUCCAUACCAACUUAGUGAUCCUAUUGGCUAUAAUACUUACAGAGAAGAGUUCUGUUGGAAACCAUAUUCCAAGGCAGAACCUAUAAGGACUGGCUCUUCAACAGGAACACGGAGAAACAAUCCUCAUCCCAGUCAAAGUUUCAUGGUUUGGAAGGUGCCUCGAGAAGAAAAACCACCAUCCUCCAACAGCAUUUCACCCUGGACACAGCCUAUUUCUAAACAAGAGGUUGGGGAAGCAAUCAGAGCACAGUUCAGUUCUACAUACAGUGAAGAUUAUUUAGGAUUACCACAGGGUUUACAAAUUAAAGACACUACUCCUGUGCCUCCUGACUGGAAAAAAUUAAUCCCACACCCUCCAGCAACUGAAUUUAGGCAUCAUUACCAGGCCCCAGCACACAACCGUGACUUCAUGGACUUUUCCUGGAAAUAUGGAUGUAAUGCAAAUCGGCAUAUUCCAGCAAAAGGAGUUGUUCCUAAUGUGACAUUUGCUCACAUCCAGAACCAAGAAAACAUUAAACAGAUGACCACGUACCAAAGAGAUUUUGGGAAAGAAUAUUUCAAUAUCUUAUCAAUUUUAAAUUCUCUGGAUCCAGAACAAGUUAACAAGUACAUUGAAAGAGCUCCAAAGCAAGAGAAAGCAAUUCUUCAGCACUUUCUUAACACAGUUUGUGGGAGUCAGAGUGAAAAAUUCAGGACUUCGCCCUCAAAGAAACCAGAAGACAAACAAUCUGAAGGCAACUGAUACCCAACAAUCCAAAAACAGAAAGACCUCCUAUAUCUGACUGGUUCUGAAUGAUUGGUGUAAUUGUAACCCACAGUGUCUUUGUGUUCUGUGUGUGUGUGAUAAAUAAUUUGCAAAACCCUGUUUUAAAAUAAUAAAAACUGUUGUGCUGCUACCUCAUCAAA